AUCAGUUUUCCCUCAUUCACAGAGAUUCUCUCUCCUCUCUCUCUCUCUCUCUCUGUGUGUGUGUGUGUGUGCAUGGAUGAACUGAAACCUACACUUGAAUGCCCCUCACAGGGAAACAUCAGCAUGACCAAUCUGCUCUAGUAGCUUUCGCCUCUCCUUUAUCUGCCUUCUCUCUCUCUAGAUCUCCUUCCUUUUUGUCUCUCGCUAACUAUUCCACCACUGUAUCUUUCUCUCUGUCCUUCUAUUUAUACCUCACUUUCAACCCUCCCGAGAAACACAGAGUCAAACAAUUAAAAGAGAAAUGUCCCCAGCAGCCUCCUCAAGAUGGUGCCCAACCCCAGAGCAACUGAUGAUCUUGGAAGAGAUGUACAGGAGUGGGAUUAGAACUCCCAAUGCUUCUCAGAUACAGAAGAUCACUGCCCACCUCUCCUUCUAUGGAAAGAUUGAAGGCAAGAAUGUGUUCUACUGGUUUCAGAACCACAAGGCAAGGGACAGACAGAAGCUCAGAAGGAAACUCAGCAGGCAAUUGCAGCUGGAGCAGCCACAGCAGCUCUACUAUUAUCAGCUGAAUCAGCCAAGUCACCAAUUUCUUGGCUACUUUGAGUCCACUGCCGCCGGUUCUUCUGCUAGCUUUCUUCCUCAGGGAGCAGGAGUGGCAGGUGCAUCAACACAAGUGAUGAAUAACGCAUGGAAGAUGGAUAUCCCUCAUCAGAUGGUGGAGAUGGAGAAGUCCAUGAUGACAACGUACGACCAUGAUUGGAUGACAAUGGUGGAAAAGAGUACUCCAACUUCCCCAUGCUACAAUACUAGACCCCUCCAAACCCUUGAACUCUUCCCUAUCACAGCCACCAAUCUCAAAGAAGAGUGCACCACAUCCAAGCAACUCUAAUAUUCCACGCUUACCAACUAUAAAACCCUCUCUCUCUCUCUCUCUCUCUCUCUCUCUCUCUGUGAUUUUAUUUAAAUAUUUCUGUGACUUUCAUUUAUUUCCUUGGUUUCUGUCAUGUUUCUAGGCUCCAUGGAGAGAAAGAUCUGAAUUGUCUAAUGAGUAAAUGGGUCCUGCUCCAACAGUGCUACUACUACUACCUAUUUGCACUGUGUUCUCUAUGUAUUUUCCACAAGUGAUCAAAAUCUGCAUUGGGCUUGAUAAUUGUGCUGUUUCUUUCUAUUGAUUUUCAGCUUGUCUUUAUGCUUCUUAAAGCUGCAUGUUGUA